CAUGUUCGAAUAAAUACAGUCAUGAAUGAACGAUGCGGCAUUUGUUUGAUCAUUUAUUUGCUGUUUGCAGCGCAGAUCGCAGGAAGCUUCUCAGGGGAUGAUGAGAGUUACCAGUCACAUCAGCACAGCUAUAUGGCACCUGUUGCUUCGGCGUAUCGACACUUGGACAACCAGGGCACUAAGCAGGAACUAAAAUAUCACAGUGGGCCUCUCCAUGCUCUAUCCCAGGCACUUUCAGCCAAGCGUAAGCCGGCCAAGUUCCUGGAAGUAAAUUUUAGGAAGAGUCCACAGGAUCACUCAGAACUCAGUCUCCUUGCCAGGCCAGACAAUGAGGUGCAUGUGGAAAACAUACCCAUAUCAGCUCAUCAUAUUGUCACUAUGGCUGUGCAGGUCGAUGUUCGGCAGUUGAAUGAAGGUCUGCUGCGAUCAUUUCGUGAAGGAGUGGCUGCCGCCCUGGACAUUUCUCCACAUCAAGUACACAUCAACCGCCUGAAUGAGCAGAAGAAUGGCAUCGAGCUGUACGUAUCAUUGGACAAAAUGGGUAUAUCAGAACCAGUGCCUUCAGAAGAAGUGAUUCGUUCACUCAAUAUCCACACUCUGCAUAAAAAUCUUCGUUUUUUUGGCAUUACUGAGAUUUCAUCUGAGCAGAAUGUGCUUCAAGGUCAACAUGAGAGGGACAACCAGUGGAGCAAAGAGGGAUUUUAUGUGGUGGUCAUCUUCAUCACAAUCUUCAUCAUUAUUGUCACCUGUUUAAUGGUGCUUUACCGACUUAAGGAAAAGGUUGAGUACACAGAAGAACAACAAAAGGGUCUUGGUGUGCCAGUGUCUGUGCAAGGCACCCAUCCACCCCUGACUCUUACCAGCAGCAUGGUGCAGGCCAAUCCAACCAGCAAGCCAGCCUGCACCACUACGAUUACCAGACUAUCCUCCAAAGCCAACACAACCCCCCAGAUCAACCAGAGCAGUUUCUCCACACACACCAGUGCCUCGGCUACUGAACAGCAGUGCCCCCCGUGGCUUUCAUGCCCUCCUGAGUUUAAACCCUGUGUACCUUCCAGCCCAUCAACUUUGAGAAUGAAGCCUGCAGCUGGUCUGCAAGAGAGACGAGGCUCAAAUGUUUCCUUGGUGCUCGAUAUGUCUGCACUCGGCUCUGUGGAGCCUCUGAAUUGUGGAGUGAACAUUCCUAGUGAGGGAGUCACCCAGGAGUACCUGCAGCUGGCCAGUCGAGUCCUUUCACGGCAGCAGCUCCGAGACACUACACGUAACACACAGGCACUGCAUGCAGAGUUUGCUGAGAUCCCAAUGAACUUUGUUGAUCCCAAGGAACUGGCCAUCCCCAGUCUUGGAACCAAAAACAGAUACAAGACCAUUUUGCCAAAUCCACACUCCAGAGUUCUUCUGAAGGGCAGGAAUAGCUGUGAUGCUCUAAGCAGUUACAUUAAUGCCAACUACAUACGAGGUUAUCCUGGACAUGAGAAAGCUUUCAUUGCUACGCAAGGUCCUAUGAUUAACACCGUAAAUGACUUCUGGCAAAUGGCCUGGCAGGAGGACUCGCCUGUCAUCAUCAUGAUCACCAAGCUAAAAGAGAAGAAUGAGAAAUGUGUUUUGUACUGGCCGGAAAAAAGAGGCAUCUACGGAAAGGUGGAGGUCCUCAUCAGCAGUGUCAGAGAAUGUGACCAUUACACUGUCCGCACGCUUACACUCAAACAAGGGGGACAGACUCACAAAGUCCAACAUUACUGGUAUACUUCAUGGCCAGAUCAUAAGACUCCAGACAGUGCAGGGCCUCUGCUGCAGCUCAUGACUGAUGUGAACAAAAGCAGAGAGGCUUCUGAGUCUCGUGGUCCUGUAAUCGUUCACUGCAGUGCUGGGAUUGGUCGCACCGGCUGCUUCAUUGCCACAACAAUAGGGUGUCAUCAGCUGCAGCUAGAAGGAGUGGUGGAUGUUCUAAGAAUUGUCUGCAAGCUGAGAGCAGACAGGGGUGGAAUGAUCCAAACUGGAGAACAGUAUGAAUUUGUGCACCACGCCCUGAGUCUCUACGAGAGCCGCCUGUCGGCAGACCUGCACAAUGAAUGUAAAUAAAUGCAAGAAGAAUAUGGUUCAA